UCUUUGCUGAAUUGAUUUAAUUCAGCCACAUUGGAGGAGUAUCGAGCCUCCAAAACCAUCUCUGACUUGAACAAUUUAAUAAUUGAUUCACUGUCGGGCAGGUACUUUGGAAAAAAUAUCUCUUUGCAUCAAGACAUGUUUGUGUGGAGAUUCUUUUCUCCAUAAUAAUCAAAACCAUCACUUUAAAACAACUUUUAUGUUUAUUUAGGUUAUUGUUGGCCGAUGUUAACGUUUGUUGGAUAAUCCAAAAGUGUGACUGAAAACAGAGCAACUAUUUCAUCACACCAAUGAAACCCACAUUUGAUUGGCUGGUAAGUUCAGAGGAGUGAUGAUGUCAGGAAAAGCAUCCUAUAUCUAAAAAAACAAAAAAGGAGUCCGAUUCUCUUCUUAUAUUUAUCCUCCGAAACAUCACCGUCAGGAGAGGAGUCAGGACAAACCCGUGAGGAGUAAGUGAUUUGUCCAAAGCAUACACACAGUUUGUUUUCAUUUAGCUGAGCAUGAAUAACUGAACUGUUUAUUUUGUUUUGUAUCAGAACAUGGGUUUAAAUUGUGUUUUGUGCUGGGUUUACUGGGUUUAUGGACUUAGAGAAAUCUGAUCUUCUAACUAAACUGAUGACAUUUUUGUGACAUUGUCAGUUCAUUUCUGUUAAUACUUCUCAUCCCAAAAAAAAGUUUUAGGAGAAAAAAAGGGUUUUCUAACAGAGUGUAUUGAUUAAAUAUUACAAACUUGAAUUUCUGUAAAUUGAAUAAUAAACAGUGAUAAGGGUAAGUACAUGUGGAUUGAACAUUGCAUCUUCAUUGUGCAAAAUUCUCCAUCUCUUUUAUGUCCUUAUGGAUUCUCCAGAAACCGAUCCAUAUGUGAGAACAAGUCAUGCAUUUUGAUUUUGACAAGUUAGAAAGUUGACCUGAUUGAGCAAAACCAACGUGACUUUUGGGUUCAGCACAUCAAAAGAACCCUAAAACAGUUGAAAAAACCCCCAGACAUUUUUUUUGGUUGUUGAUCAGUGCGAUGUGUGUGUUUGUCCUGUAUUUGCAGAAAACUGGACUGGAGCCACAGGAAUGAACGGUACGGAAGGUCCAAGCAUGAUCCAGAUUCAUGUACCUGUCAGGGUUCUGCUGACUGUGCUCCCAUGCCUCUUUUUCUUGUACGUCAACAGCGUCAUGCUGUUCGCCCUGGUGAAAAAGCCCCUGCUUCUGGAGUCACCCCGUUACAUCCUGUUUGGGCAUUUGCUCUUCUCCGACUUCCUCCAGGUCCUACUGACCACGCUGCUCUACGUAUUCGCUUUGACCAUGGUCAGAAUCAUCACUUGCGUUUGCAUUUUCGUCAUCCAGUUCACAGCCAUCACCGUGAAGAUGUCCCCCAUCAACCUGGCUGUCAUGUCGUUGGAGAGGUUCGUUGCCAUUUGCUUCCCUCUGAGGCACGCCGCCAUUGCAACCUCCAGGGUGACGCGUGGCGCCAUCGCCGUCAUGUGGACCGUGGCCUCUUUGGACUCUUUCACGCAGCUCUGUCUGUUUUUCAGCCUCGGCAACAGAACCCUCACCGCUCAGCAGGUCUGCAGGAAAAAGACGGUAUUUCAACUGCAGGUUUACGUGAUUGUCAACCAGGUUUUCACAGUCGCAAAUUUCGUCCUGGUCACCGUUAUUAUCAUUUACACUUACAUCGCUACCAUGGUGGCCGUGAAGUGCGGCUCUUCUUGCGCUCACAGGGCCAAAGUGGCACAUCAAACCGUGAUCCUGCACGCACUCCAGCUGUGCCUGUACCUCAUCUCCACCCUGUUUAACAUGAUAAACUCCAGCGACCUGUUCAACUUGGACCCAGGUGUUGCUCUUUACGUCAAUCACCUGCUCUUUUCAGGGCUAAUCAUUUUCCCCAAGUUUUUGAGCUCGCUUUUAUACGGCCUUAAAGAUCAGACGUUCAAGCACGUCUUCAAAUACUACUUUACCUUUGGCUACAGAUCUUCGGUAGAGCCCUAUCCCACGUCUUGACCACUAAUUGGAAUAAAUUCAUGUUUUAAUUUGCGUAGUGUAUGAAAAGGUGCUUUGAAGUUUUUCUUAGAUAAGCGAGAGAAAAACCGAAUAUUUUGCUGAAGUUAAAAAGAGUUGAAUGGAAAUAAAAAACUAACAAGAAACAGGUUGAAGCUGCAUGUUUGCAUGCAUUGUAUAAUUUGUGAAUGCAAGAACAAUGAGAGAUUUCUUUAUUGUUGUUUUGUUCAAAUUCACAUCUUUUACAGAGUAUACUUAUUUUUAGCAAUUGAUGCAGUUGCCUUAAAAACGUGACGCCUCGGGUCAAACAUCUCGGUUGUCCUUCCACAAGAUUCUCGCAAGAGCUUUCUGGACGCCUGGCCCAUUUCUCCUGGCAGAACUGGGUCUGUUUCGAAAGGCUGCUUUGCUCAUACACACAUUUUCAGCUCUACCCACACAUUUUUAAUUGGACUCAGAUCAGGUCUUAAAAAACUGGCAGAUAUUAACCAGUUUUAGAGCUAAUUUGGAGAUAUGCUUGCUGUCGUUGUCCACUUGGAAAGCCCUAUUUGUGCCUAAAUUUGAACUGCAUGGCUGCUGUCCAGGGAUAUUGUUUCAAAAUUUCCACGUAAUGUUUUUUUUUGCCCAUGAUACCAUCUAUUUCUGUAAGGUAGACCAGUCUCCCUUACUGCAAAAACAAAAAUUUACAUUUUUUCUUCCAAAUGAGAGUCAUAGUAGCCAAAUACUUCAAUUUUGUGUUUCACUUUUUGACGUCUCAAAAAAACGAAGGUUUUUAUCCCUGAGAGCAUUAUACAGAGUACACAAACAUAUGGUUUCAACUAUGUCUGUCUAAAAUUUUUUUUUUUUCCCUUUAAAUCUCCUUCUGCUUUGUGCAACUUGUCAAAAAAGAAAAUGCUAUUUCCAUUUAUCUGUCAAAAAUAAACUGGUCCAAAAU